GCCGUCGGAUUAGUGCUGUGGACGCGUGACGUCACGGCCGGGCUGGGUCUGCUGCUAAUUGUGACAGAGGAAUAAAAGAUGUGAUGUGCGGAGGGGUUGCAGAGACAAACACCGUGGAGUCCAGCAGCGUCACGGUCAAGUAAGAGCUUUUGUGUUUAGAGAGUUCGUUAGUGUGACAGGCUAGUGGGCUACAGCCAAGAUGUCGUCAAUGAGAGGAGACAGCAGCUGGUCCCAGCCGCGGGACAUGAGCAGUCUCAUCCAGGCGUGCAGUUUCAACAUCCAGAGGAUCAACCAAAACUCUGGUCAGAUCAAAAGUCUCCUCUACCAACUGGGAACGAGCGAGGAGACCACAGAGCUGCAGGAGAGGCUCCAACAGCUCCAGCACUACACCAACCAGCUGGCUAAAGAAACCAACAGACACCUGAAGGAGCUGGGAGCGCUGCCCCCCCCACUGUCUCCAUCAGAGCAGAGGCAGCAGAAGCUGCAGAGGGAACGCCUGAUGAACGAUUUCUCUGCAGCCCUCAACAACUUCCAGGUGGUGCAGCGGAAGGCGGCUGAGAAAGAGAAGGAGUCAGUGGCCAGAGCUCGAGCCGGAUCCAGAGUCAUGGGAGAUGGAGGGAAUGUGAAUGACCAGCUGGUGACAUUUGAAAAGGAAGAUGAAUGGAGUCAGAGCCAGACUCAGACUGAGGAGCCCACCAUCACAGAGGAGGACCUGGAGCUCAUCAAGGAGAGAGAGACCAACAUCAAACAGCUGGAGGCCGACAUUAUGGAUGUGAACCAGAUCUUCAAGGACCUUGCUGUGAUGAUCCACGACCAGGGAGAUAUGAUCGACAGCAUCGAGGCCAAUGUGGAGUGCGCUGAGGUUCAUGUAGACAGAGGAGCAGUGCAGCUGCAGAAGGCCGCCUAUUACAAGAGGAAAUCUCGUAAGAGGAUGUGCAUGCUGGCCAUGGUGCUGACGCUUGUGCUCACCAUCCUCAUCAUCAUCAUCUGGCAGGCCCUGAAAUGAGAGGAGAAGCACAGCCCGAUGACACCUUCACAUGACUUCCUCUGUGUGUGUGUGUGUGUGUGUGUGUGUGUGUGUGUGUGUAUUUAUGUGGGAGGACAAAUGAGUGGGAAUAACAGUUGGUUUCUUAUGUUUAAUGUCUUUUGGGGCUAACAGCAACGUGUUAGGAACUAACCUGUCAAUAUUUUGUCAUGCUGUUGAAUUUUUUUUUAUCAUUUGUUUUUUUAAGUCAAAAACUGACAUGUUCAGUUCUUCUUCCUGUAGUUUGAGACAUUAAACUGUUCUACUUCCAACCCCACUGCUACUGCAGAUAGUAAUGAUGAUAAUGGGAUGGGGAUUUUGCAGAAUGGAGGAGGGGGAUGGAUGGUGUGUGUGGGUGUUGACUAAAAAAAAGCUCUGUGUUUUUUGUCUAAGAAAAACAAACAAACCCUGUAUCCCUACACAAAAGUAAUUUUGUCUUCAUGUAACUUCCAUCACUACAGUCACAUCCUGGAUUAUGAUGACCAAUGUUGCACAAUUUUGUACACAGAAAGUCCAUCCUGUCUUGUUUGAAUGUGGAGUGUAGAAUGUAGUGUUUUACUCAUGAUAAUGUUGAAAGAAAUAUGAUGAAUGUGUGUCUUCAGUAAAACAGCUCGUUUCACUGGUCGUGCCCAGUACUGCUGGUGUAAUGUCUCAUUUCGCCCACCAGGUGGUGAGCUAAGCAUGACAGGGGUUCUGAUAAUGUAAAUGAGUAGCCCUGGAAUUUAUACUUCGGUGUACUGGAGUGGUAUCACCAUAGUAGAAACACACCACAUAAAAGUACAAGUAGAUAUCACCAUCAACAUCUAAAUAUCAAAUCGUCAAGAGUGAAAACAGAAAAUAAAACAAAAUGCUUAAAGUAGAAGUAGAAUAAGGAGAAAGAACACCAAUAAAAUGUGAAAAUAUGAUAUUAUUUGUAGUGGACAGUCUUUAAAGUGUAUACUGGUCAAAUUUUUAACAAAACAUUUUCAUGUGUAAUGUGAUGGUGUCAAACACAAACAAAACAGAGCUACAACUCUAAAGAGUGAGUGUACACAAAGAACACAAACUGCAGUAUACAUCCUGCACCUGA